CUGGAUUAUAAAUACAUUAAAUAGUUGAAAUCAUAACAGCCACUGUCUGUGUCUCCAACAUGGCCGUCCUUCUUCGGCCGUACUUCUUCGGAUUACUCCUCGUUAUUGGUUUCGCUCAGUGCGAGCCAGUCGAACCAGAGAUCGCGUAUAUCGAAGAUUCUCUUAGAGGGUCUAGAAUUGUGAGCGGCUGGGAGGCUGUAAACGGACAGUUCCCUUACACCGUCAGCAUUCGUAAUGUGGGGCCAACUGGUGGAGUCAGCGCGUGUACCGGUUCCAUCCUCACCAAUGAGUGGAUCCUCACUGCUGCUCACUGCCUCGCCAGGCGCUUCACUUACAUAGUAAGACUUGGUCACGUGGACAUCACAACCCCAGGUUACAUGAUAGAAACGGCAGAGAGGUACAUCCACGAAGGUUACGACCAAGAAGACACUGCAGUGCAGACUGAUGACAUCGGAUUGCUGAAGCUGGACCGUUACGUACCUUAUAAUGACUACAUCCAGCCAAUCAGGCUGCAGAGCAGCCAGCGCAACGAGGAGGAAUACACCAACCUGCAGCUGGUGCAAAGCGGUUAUGGACGUACCGAUGACUGGUGGGCUGGUGGUAUCGUCCCCGACAUCCUAUACUGGACAUACCAGCGUGGUAUCUCAAUGCUGGUCUGCCGCUCCUGGUACCCUCGCAGUCAGGUCAUUCAUGAUCGGAAGACUGUCUGCGCUCAGUUCUACAAUGACACCAGUCAGAACCCUUGCACGGGUGACAGUGGUGGUGCUUUAACCAUAAUUGACGUAGACGGCAAGCCCACACAGAUCGGCAUCAUGAGCUUCGGAUCCUCUCGCGGAUGCAACACUCACAACCCGUCAGGUCACGUCCGCCCAGAGUACUACCACGACUGGAUAGAGAAGCAGACCGGCAUCAACUUCGACUGGAACGUUGAGGACCUGGAGACCACGCCCGAUGGCGAAGGCGUAAACCAACAAAUACUUGAUCAAUAAAUAAAACGUUGAAACGUUGCUCCACACUAGAAUUUUCUCCUGUGCCGUUGAUGUAAUUGUACAAUAAAGUA